UGACCCGCACUGAGAGGCUGAGCAGCUCCGCACAAGGAGACGCCACUGAACUUCAGCGCUGCUUGAUGGACGGUGUGACCGAGCUGUGAUCCGUGGAGAAAGGACAAAUAUCAUCUGACAGACUUCCUGAGGCGGUCCCGGGACACAUCAGCACUGAUUGCUAUGAUGAUAAAGCCAUAUGUUAGACAAGGGGAGGGUGAGGAGGUCGUCAGCCCUCUGCAGUGGAUGGACGGAGACAUGAGCUCACCUGAUGGGGAUCCAUCGGCCCCAUCGCACAGCUACAGAACAGGUGACAUGAUCCAACAGGCCAGAGAGAUGGGGAGUGAGGACGCAGAGGAAGAUGAGGAGGACAGAGAGGAAGGACCAGAGGAUGAAUCAAAACGACGAGGGCCUAAGAGAAAGAGGAUGACCAAGGCCCGGCAGGAGCGUUUCCGUGCGAGGCGAAUAAAAGCGAAUGCCAGGGAGCGCUCGCGUAUGCACGGCCUAAAUGAUGCACUUGAAAACCUGCGCAGCAUCAUGCCCUGUCACUCCAAAACACAGAAGCUGUCCAAGAUCGAGACGUUACGGCUGGCCCGCAACUACAUCUGUGCUCUGUCUGAGGCUCUGGAGGGGGGCCUGUCCACAGAAAGCAGGGCUUUCAUGGAAACGCUGUGUAAGGGACUGUCACAGCCCACGACCAACCUGGUUGCCGGCUGCUUACAGAUGGGACCAGCUCCGGGUCCUGGGAUGAGGCCUGAAGACAGACAUGGAGGUCGGCCACCACCUACACUUGGUGGCAUGGUGAGCUACUCCUCUCCAGGACUGCCAAGUCCCCCAUAUGGCACAUUUGACUCAGCUCACCUGCUUCACUUGAGGGCGAUGAAGGGAAGACCCUAUGAGAAUCACUCACCAAACGAGUACAACGCUGGUGGCGUGGGAACCCCUCCAUAUGAUGGCCCGCCUACACCACCUCUCAGCAUCAGUAGCAACCUGGUGCCCAAACAGGAGCCUUCACCUCACUACCCACCUUCCCACCGCUACUCUCCCACCCCUGUGGAGCAGGUGCUGUAUCAUACACAGACCGGAUAUGAUGUACACUUAGAGGGGCCAUAUGACUCCUAUCAUCCACCGCACAUGCCCCCCCGACAGAUUACAUCUGUCUACAGAGACUGAGGAGGAUCGGUUCCACAUCAGCCUUCAGUACGACUUGAAGGAUGGAGUCCCGCCCUUCACAAACACUCAGGCUGAUUUAAAGAAGCUGGCUCUCUCUCAGUAGACAGACUGGUAGUCAAGCACUGUAGAAUAGUUUGUUUUUUAACACUUGUGGAACAUUUGCACAGUAGAGUAGCACUACUCAGCAUUGCUAGUAUUAGAAAAUAUUUGACUUAAACCAAUAAAUUGUUUUCCAAAACUCAUUUACCAAAUGAUAUAAGGACAUAGCAGGCUGCUGCUGUCCAGCUGCCCGGGUACUGUAAAAUAAGCACUUCUAAUUAAGCUUUGGUAACACCAGAUAUUAUUCCACAUAAAGUAUUUUUAAUUUAUUCGUUAAUUUAAG